AUGGAAGUAGUUCUGACAGCUCUACUAUGUUUUAUGCUGACGGCGGUUGUCCGAAUCCUGGCAUUCAGUCACUGUGUGUCAAAGGCUGGUUAUACAAAUUUGGACGGUCAGUGUCAAGUGUACUGUGCUGAUGGACGCUGUCCAGACUUUUGCAAAUGUGCGGAUGGAAAUGCCUCAGAAACUUGUGCAAAAUUAGAUUUCGGUUCAAAUAACAGCCUGGCAAUAAACGAAACCGUUAAACCAGGAACACCGAUCUUUACCAUUCCAAUAGCGGGACAGGAACGGUGGAGCUAUACGUUAGGCAGGGAGGGACCGGUUGACGGGUCAGUGUGGAAUUCUUUAAGCCGGUAUCUGAAACUCACAAGGAUUGGCAAUCGAUACGAAAUGAUAGUGGACCUCACACCAGAUUUGGAGGCUAUCUUUCAACAAUAUGGAAUAAAACUGGCAAGUCUUAUAUUGCUGCUGACUUGUGAAAGAGAUGGCUUUCUUCAGAAGGUCAGCAAAGUGGUUCUGCAGAUUUUACCCGUGAACGAGUACGCACCUGAGUUCUUUAUAACGCCAUUAAACACAAAAGUCCCUGAGAACACGAAAGUUGGCACUGAAGUUUACAGGCUGGGCGAUCACACGAUGGAUCUAGAUGUGAACCCUUCAACAAAUGAGUUGUCUUCGUUCGCCAUAUGGGAGUACCUGGCCGACUCGAAGACAGAUGGCCGUACUUACUUUGAAAUGGCAGACAACAAAAAGGGAAGCAUUCAUGUAAAGGCGGAGCUAGAUUUUGAGCUGCUUCAUUCGCUGGGUGCCAUUCGAUUGCACCUGAACGUUUCUGCCUCGGACGUGCACAGGAUAACAUCGUUUACAACCCUGACGGUUGAUGUCCAGGACGUCGAUGAUCUCCCACCAGGGUUCUAUGACGCAAGCUGUCAGGUGCCCCGGAAGUCCUGUGUCGUGUCUUACCUAGCCAGAGUGCCACUGCGAUUCCAGGGACAAAUAGACAACAUAAUUCCCGGAGCGAUCCAGGCUCGAGAUAUGGAUGAGUUAAAUACUCCGAUAACGUACUCGUUGAAACCAGCACAGACAGAAACAUUAGAAAACCUCAAAAAAUUUUACAUCAAUGAAACAACCGGGAGUUUGUUUUUGAUAUCACCUUUUGAAGAAAAGAAUGAAGUGGAUCUAGUCAUUGAG